AACUACUGGGUAAGCUGUGUCGUCCUCAAAUCUUCUUCUAUUCUCUGCUCACAGUUGCGCUGUAAACAUCACCAUCUUCUUCUCGUGACGAUGCAUUGCAUCAUGGUCACAGCUCACCACUGACCUUCUCCCACCAACCCAUCUUCUCUCGCCCCCUAUAACUGAAGUUCGGGAUCUCGGGCCGGAGACAUCGAAUCCGUCAUGGGGGAAGUAGGUGAGAUAGUCGAUGAUGGGUUUUACGGCUUGACUCUUGAUGACAAUGCCGUCCCGACCAAGGCGGCGCACGUCGCCGUCACCAUCACGACCGGCUCCGUCGUGGACGAGGCCACUGCCGAGGCGAUGGCCGCCGGUGGCCCUCACGAGGAGAACCCUCAGGACGGGUGGCUCCCGAUCACGGAGUCGAGGGGCGGCAGCACCGUGUCCGCGGUGUUCCAUGUCCUGUGCUCCGGGAUGGGGAUCCAGGCGCUCAUGCUUCCUGUUGCCUUCGCUUCUCUUGGUUGGGUAUGGGGAAUCCUAAUUCUAUCCUUAGGAUUUCUGUGGCAACUCUACACCAUAUGGGCUCUUGUGCAGCUCCAUGAAUUGGUUCCUGGAACCCGCUACAGCAGAUUCCUCCACCUCUCUAUUGCUGCCUUCGGACCCAGGUUGGGAAAAUUGCUUGCCAUAUUCCCCGUGAUGUACCUAUCGGGGGGCACGUGUGUGAUGGAGAUCAUCACCGGAGGUCGGGCCAUGGAGCUUCUCUUCAAGACCAUGUGCGGCGGAGAUGGCACUGCGUGUAGCGCCAAGCCACCCAACGGCGUGGAGUGGUUCUUGCUAUUCACAUUCAUAGCCAUCGUCAUAGCACAACGGCCGAAUCUGCAUUCCAUAGCUAAGGUCUCACUAUUCGGAGCCAUCACAGCCGUCAGUUACGGCGCCCUGAUUUGGAUUCUGUCUGUUGCCAAGGGUAGGCCCGCGGGCAUCUCCUACAAGCCGUUGAUUGAGGCAAAGUCGGACGCGGCGAGAAUCGGUGGGGUUUUGAAUGCUAUCGGGAUCAUUGCCUUGUCUUUUAGAGGUCACAACCUCGUGCUUGAAAUUCAGGGAACAUUGCCUUCAACCCCAAAAUGCCUUUCCAAAAGGCUUAUGUGGAGAGCUGUGAUCAUCUCCUACUCACUUAUCGCUCUCUGCUUAUACUCUUUAGCCAUUGGUGGGUUUUGGGCCUAUGGAAGCAAAAUACCAAAUGGUGGACUCUACAUUGCUUUCCCCCAAUUCCAUGGCCAAGACACACCGAAGCUUGUGAUGGGCCUAAUCUACCUACUCGUAGCGGCCAACUGCCUCAGCACAUUCCAGAUCUACGCCAUGCCGGUCUUCGACAACCUGGAGCUCCGGUACACCAGCAUUAGGGACCGCCGCUGCUCUCGGCGGGCCCGCACAUCCCUGAGGGUCUUCUUUGGCUGCCUAGCCUUCUUCGUGGCGGUGGCUCUCCCCUUUCUAGGGAGCCUGGCCCCGCUGAUUGGGGGGAUGACUUCCACACUAACGUUUGUGUUACCGUGCUUCAUGUGGCUGGCGAUCAAGCGGCCUCGUCGCAGGAGCGGCAUGUGGUGGCUCAACGUUGGGCUAGGGUGGCUCGGCGUGGUGUUGUGGGUGGUGAUGGUGGUUGCAGCGAUCUGGGUAUUAGUUGAUAGAGGGAUUAAUGCUAACUUCUUCCAUCCUUAAGAGUGACUUGGAAAAAUAUAAAACAAAUUGUGUCUCUAUGAAGAAUUCAAGCCAAGAAAACUUGGACUUGUCAAAAGAAAAUGUGAGACAAAAUAUUAAUGCAGAAGAGUUUAUACCAAUA